AUGAACCAAGCAUUCGAGAAAGUGAAGAUGCUAGUAGAAUAGAAGGGGAAGAUGAAGAACAAGGUGUAGCAACACAAGAAAGCGGUUCCUUUGCUUUUAUGGAUGAUUUCAAUAGAGAUCGCACCCUCUCCACUAAACAAGCAAGUAUCCAUGAGAGUCUUAAUGCAACUAGGUAUGUAUGA